GUUCAGCCGUGCGAGUAUGUCUUUUAUUAUUAAACGUAUAAUUUGUGUAUAUAAUAUUAUACAUACUUACAGGUAAUUGCCGUAAAUCGUUAUCAUAUUUUCAUAUAUUUAUUUUUUUAUUUACAUUUUAAAAUGUUUGUCGUAACGAAAUAAUAAUAGGUAAGUUGAAUUAUUAUUAUUUAAAAUAUAAUGUAUUAAAAAUUGGAAAAUAUUUUUUGUGUUUUCAAAUUGCGAAAAAAAAAUACUAUAAAACCUAAAAGUAUACAUAGGCAGACAUGCGUAUCGGGGGAAAGUGUUUAGGGGUUUACCCCUCCCUCCAUUAUAAAGAUUAAAAUAGGUAGCUAUCUAUCUAAAUACAAUUAAAAACAUAAGUUUUAUAUUAUAUUGUAUUCGGUUUAAAUUAUAUUAUUUACCUACCUAUCAUCAGGUACUAAUUUUAGUUUAAUUAUAGAAUUUGAAUUUAUUAUUGAGAAAUAUUGCGUCAUAGGUAUCUAUGCCUAUAGUUUAUAUGUAUAAAUAUAGUCACAUUCAAUAUCAUUAUUACUGUAGGAUUUAAGUGCCUAAAUGUUAAAUUAUUGAACAGGUACAACAGAAACUUAGAACCACUAUAUUCUUCACAUUGGUAUAGCAAAUUUAAAAUUAUGAAAUUCUAUGUCAUAUAACACAAUAUGAUUUAUUUGUGCCUUUAAAAAACAAAAACACAUUAAUUUAGAUCAAUAUCUUUGAAAAAUACAACAAUGACAGAAUGUCUUUAAAUAUAGCUUAUAAAUUGUAGGUAUAUACCUACUUACCUAUUGAUGAUAUCAUUUCAAUAAUUAUUUAGGUUUAUAAUAUUUCUCUAAAUGGGUAUAUUUAACUAGGUUAUAUCAAUUUUACUAUAGAUAGGUGCAAGUAUAUAGUUGGGUAUAGUUACCCGUGUAAAUAAAUACAUUUUACUUAUAAUGAUGAAUUAUGAUUUCAGCAGUAUUUAUGCUUUUCAAAAAUAUAUUUAUUUGAACAAUUGGUACCUAGCUAUUACAAUUUUAAACUCAAUAAGAUAAAGAUGAAAUCAUGAAUUAUCUAAAUAUUGAAUGCACAUAUAAAACAAAUCUAAAUUAUUACAGUUAGAUAGUUAGAUUAAUCAGGGGUUUUUAUGCUUGGAUACCUUCCUAUCUUUUUUUUACUUUUCAAGUGACUUUUAAUAUCCACAUAUUUGUACGUAGGUACUAUCUUUAAUCACUAUCAAAUAGCUAAUAUAGCCAUAUAGGAACUUUACUCUGAAUAAUUACUAGGUUAUAACAUAAUUUUUUUUAAUAAUUUAGACUGAUAUUAUUUCAGUAGGUACCAGCUCACGUGAUAAUAAAUAUUAUUCCAAUAUAUUCAUAUUACUUAUGCAUCCCAUUUGUGAUAAUGUGAAAUAAAGAAAUUGUCUUUCUAAAUAAUAAAAGUUUAAUAAUCAUUCAUCAAUUAAUUAAUAUGUAAUAAAUACUAUAGGUACCUACUAUACACCUAGAAUAGUUUUGUAUUACAUUUUUAAAUAAUAUUCAAAAAUAUUGGAUAUUGUAAACAAAAAAUAUUGUAAUUAACUUUUCAACUUUCAGAUCAUAGUAAAACGUUAAACCAAUAAAUCAUUCGUUACACUCUGAAUUUAAAAUAAUAACCUUGCUACUCACAAGCAUUCUAACAGCAUUAUGUAAGGGCGCAUACUAGUUCCCUCUUGAGAUCAAAAAAGUCGAUAAUUUUAAUACAAAUUGCCUCCUGAGUAAUAUUAUAUUAAAUUCAGUUUAGUUUAUGAAUCACUGUUUUAUUCAAUAUGGGAGGCAACUGGCGCGAACAUUCUUGGGAGGCGACUUGUAUAUAAUUAUAAACUACCUGAUCGUCGGAGGUAACUAGUGUAUAUCAAUCUUUUUAUUUACGAUAACCAUGGAAGGCAAUUCUUAUAUUUUAGAAGGCGACUCCUAUGCACCGUCAUGUAAGGAGUAAGUUGUUCAGUUCAGUUUAGUCGCAUUCCGACUGUGAUGGAUCUAUCAAGGUUUUGAUUUUGAAUUAAAUCCGUACUUUUCUUUCAGUUAUACUUUUUUGCUGUAGUCCAUGUAGUUCUCAAAAUCCAUAUUUUGGCGACCCUCUUCAGUCAGUUCUGCUAUGUUCGAGGUAUGAUAGACUGAUCAGAAUGAAUCCAGUCUUCUCGUUAUAAUGGUUGACGCGAUAGUGCUAUCCAAUACAGUUUAAAUUUUACCUAUUGGAAAUUUUAUUAGUAGAGUUAAUAUUUAUACCAUUAUAGUUUUAUUACCCAACUCAUAAGACAAUAUCAUCGAACAUUAUAUAAUAGGUACCGAAUUAAGAGACAUUUGGAUACUUUGUUAGUUAUAUAUAAAUUACCUCAAUGCAGAUAUUGUUACGUUUUGGAUCAUUUAGUAAAAUAUAUUACACUGUAAUGUGUAUCUAUAUUGUAAUAGAAUCAUCUUUUACAAAUAGUUUAUUGAUAAUUAGUAAAACUCGGUACUUAUUAUUUUUAAAAUUUAAAAAAAAAACCGCUUAAUCACAUAAAAAAAAGUAUUUCAAUCAAAUGGUAGAGGGUUAAAAAAUACCUUAUCUAAUCAGUCUAACUAAUUAAAUACAAUUUUCUAACAUGGCAAAAAUGGUUAGCAAAAAGCAAUUUUGUUUAAAUAAAAUUAUAAGUUGGUAUUAUAAAAAAAUAACUGAGUUAAUAAUUUGUGUAGGGUUAUAAAAUUGUAUUUAUAGUAAGUUAGAGCCGUUAGAGGAGAGACAUUUAACCCUUUUGCAGUUUUUGUUUUUUUUUUUUUUUAAUUGCUUUUUUUCAAAAACUUUUUGACGUUUUUAAGAGCUUUUUUGUGGAUUUUAAGUGGAAUAAGCCCGAGCCCUAGUAAUUAAUAAAUAAUCUAUAGGUCUUUAAUAAUCAAAACGAUCAUUAAAGGAACACUUUUUUUUUAAAUACCAAUCAUAAAACAUUACCAGUAUUAUAAUAUAAUAUUAUGUGUCCGGUGAAUCGAAUGGUCUUUCAAUUGGUACAAUACGAUUAUAUAGAUCGUCAAUAUAUAAGGUUAGGUAAUGUAUAGCCUAUACAGGAUGGAUACCUAGAUAGGUAUCUACAAUAAAAUAUGUAUAAAGUCACGUUUUUGAUCAUAUCAUAUCAUUAGGAGUUUUAUUCAUCGCCGUUACAUUCCAUAUUUUAAACAUAGAUAUUAUGUACUCGUAUGUCUAUAAUAUGCCUACUAUAAUACAUCAAUGUUCUCACAAAAAAAUAUGAUGCGUAGUUUUAUUACUGUAAUAUUAUAUAGUGGUACAUGAUAUGUGAGCUACUUAAGACCAAACGGUCCGAACCGAAUUAUCAAGGUCUCUAUUAUUUUCUCCGAAUCGUAUUCUGACUGUCCAAUUUCACUAUUGUUAUUUAAAAUCAUAAAAUACAUUUAUAGGUUUAUAUCGAGACAGCUCUACAACAUUACUAUAGGAUAUUAAAUUGUAUGAAUAUAUUAUUGUAUUCAUUUAUGUUUUCCAAAUAAUGUAGUCAAAUCUUAUAUUAAUGAUAAAAAUUACAAUAAUUCAUAUUGAUUAUUCAUAAUUAUUAAGAUUAUUACCUAUUUUAUUUUAGUAUAUCUGUAUUAAAGUUGCUAUAGUUAAUUUUUAUAACGUACAAUAUAUGCAUCUAUUAAUUAUGUUGAUAAGAAAAAAAAAUUGCGAUUUAAAAUAGAUAGGUGUUAUAACUACAUUAUUUAAGAUUUGAAACGGAGCGAGGAAUGUAUUGAUUUUAUGAUUUUUAUUUCUCCUUUUUUUUUUGAAUGCGAGGCAUAUAUUUUUUUUCAACUUAUAUAUAUACUUAACUACUGUGUAUAAAAUGUCUACCAAAAAUCUUGUUAUGAUAUAUCAAGUGUGGCACAUUUUUUGAAAGAAAAUUUUAUCUAGUUAGUACUUUAGGAAGAUCAUUUACAAACAUCUAUAAAUGGUAGAACCGUUUUCGGCCAAAACGAACCUUUCCCUUAUCGGGCAGUAUUACUUUUCGGCCAUUCUACAAUAACCAUUUUCAGCCAGUACAUUAUUUUAGUCACCAAUGUAAGUUUUUUAAUUUAAAAAAACCAAAUUACCUAUGCAUACAAUUUUAAUUAUGUUUCUUUUUUUUUUGAUAUCCAUGAUAUUUACAAUAAUUAAGAAAAAUAUAUGAUAUAAAUUUAAAAUAAAACAAAAUUAUUGGAUUUAAAACAUUAUUGGAUCUACUUAUUACGUUUGUAUUGCAUGAUUGAAAUAAAUUAAAUAUUUUUCAACCAUCAUAUUCUGAUGACUAGUAAACAUUUUUUUAUGAAUCGUUAAUAUAAUUUUAUUUUAUUUUUUCAUUGAAAAUUAUGAAGGUACAAUUUUAAACUUUUUUUUUCAUUAUUUCAUACCUUUAUCAAAUCGUAAUUUUAAAAUACUAAAUAGUUGUCUAUAUAAAUGCAAAGGAGGCAAUCGCUCCUAUCGUCCCUGUAAUCUUACAUUGGUGACCAAAAUAAUGUACUGGUCGAAAAGGAUCCCGCCCCAUUUUUUGAUUUUCCAAACGAAUUUUGUUAUAGUUGAGAUAAAACGUAGAGAUGAACGGACAUAUAUUUACGACGUACCUAACGAUUUUACAAUUUUUGUUGCGAUUUUGAUCUAGUUGCUCACGAAGAAAGAUGUUACCAGAAAUAUUGUGCCAAUAGAAAAACAUGAGACCUUUCAUAUUUCAUGUUUAAUGUAAUUGAUGAGUAGGAAAGCCGUUUUUAGAUUUUUGAAUAUUUCAUAUAGUUUUUUAAAUGAUUGAGAAAAACCGAAAAAACUUAAAUAAAAACGGGAAAAUUUAUGAAAAUAAUAAUUAUUUUUAAUUAUUUUUUUUUAUAAUUCAGUUGAAAAUAUUUGUAAAGAUUUGAAAUGUAAAACUUAUACUUGCCUUUUUUAGACGUGAUAAAAUUUUCAAAACAGCAUUUGAUCCAUUUUUGUGCUACAUUAUAAACAUUUUAAUUUUGAGUUUUUACCUAGAUCGUUUUUGUUCGGUAGGCAUUUUGUGGCUGUGAUAUACCUAAUGAUGAACUUUUAAUUCGAAACCAGUCAUAUAAUACACUUAUCAUAAUACUCCAGGCGACACAUUUAUUCAUUUAUUUAUUUAUUAUAUCUAAUUAAUUAAUAUAUUUUUAUCAUGUCCUAAGUAUUUAUUUCUCAUGAUUUACUGAAUGGCACUUAAAAUUUCAAAGUCUGUCUGUUUUUCUACACUUGCAUUUACAUAGGUACUUAAAUGUAUGUUUUAAAAAAUUCUGUACAAGUGCAUUGAUCGUACAUUUGCCCUCCUAAAUUAAGGAAGGUAUGGACUGAUUCCCGCAGUGAAAUUGAAAUAUCCGGUAUUAUGUCGUCAAUCUGUACACAUUUUUCUUUUAUAAUCGUACAUUGGCGUUGAAUUAAUACUGCACACGUAGGAACUACGAAGUGUCUUGUAAACAUAGACUUCUACAUCUAGACGGAACAUUCAGCAUGAACAUGAUCCGAUAGGUGGAGUUUCAUUUCAAAGAUAAACACAUCACGUUAGAUAAUAAUCGGAGUGUUUUAUUAAUUGUCUGAGCUCAGAGUGCAAAUUUGCUCUUUUACACUGGACAUUUUAUAUCAGCAUAUAUUUGUUGAUCCGUUAGGACCGACUACGCUUCCCGGUGCUCGGGGAAUGUUCUGUUUACAUUUAUAAAUCUAUGCUUAUAAAGCACGAAAACUUUACUAAUUAAUCAGAAAUAUCUGUUGACUAACUAAUUUUAUCAACAUAGCUAUCAUACUAUUAACGUCCGAUAUAGCUAGAUAACGGAUAUAUCAGAAAUAAAAAUUUGAUUUAAAAAUAAUACGGAGAUAAUACAAGUUUAAACGAUGUGUUUAAAAACAAAAAUACUUUGUAUAUAAUAAUAACUUUUAUUAGAUUUAUUAUAAUUUUUCUAAAAUAUUCAUAAUUUAUAACAAAUAGGUAAUAAAUAAAAAUUGCUUAAUUAACUUGUUUAUAUAUUCGUGGUUCAAAAUGCCGGGCAAUGUGCACAUUUCACGGGAUUUCACAUUGCCCGUGUAAUAUAGGUAUAUUAUAUAAGUAAUAGUUUUCAUUUAAGUGUUCAUAAAAAUAGAUUCAAGUUAAAUAUAAUGUUUUUUUUUAAGUAUCUUACUAAUAUCUGUACUUAUAAUGGUAACAAGUAUAAAUUUAUUGUAACCUACAUGAAUAACCUUGUAUUAUUAAAAAUAGCCUAAUUAUAAUAUAAAAUAGGCUAAAACCACAAAAUAAGUCGUUAAAAAAAAUCUUAAAGUAAUCAAUACGAAAAACUACCUAACCUACCUAAACACUCGAAAACGUAUAAAAUUACCUACACGUGUAGGAUACCUAUCUACCUAACUAAUUAAUAUAUUAACUAUGUACAAUAUACUUACACUAUCUACAAUAAAUUGUUAAUAUAUUUGUUUGAACUUAAAUGCAGGUAUACAUUAUAGUAAUAUUUAGAAACAAAAUUAUUAUAAAAUAGAUAAUGGUUAUUAUUUUGAAAUUAUUGCUGCAGGAGUAUAUAGAUACUCAAGGCGAACAACAAUUCUAUGUAGCUGGUAUUUUUUUUUUAAGUGGGUGAGAUAAAAAACAUUUAUAGUAUUAUUCAGAUUAUUGAAAUGCAUACACAUUUAAUAACUUACUACUUAGUAUACAUGAACGGAUACAAUUCCGUCAUAUGACUAUUAGAGUUACGGGUUACCCACCGAUUAUUUUUGUAGAAAUCUGUUUAAAUGAGAAUAUUUUAUGACUAGACUAUAACACAGAUUUGAUCAAUCAGAUUUUAUACCUAUAAGUAUUAUUAAUAUAGGUACCUAAAAGCUUUGUAGCUCUGUGCCUCUGUGUAUUAAAAAUUAUGGUGAAAUUUUACAAAAUCAUGUGAAUAUUUUACAAUAUCACUCAAUAUUAUCACAUUUAUUAAUUUAUACGAAUAAAGAGAAAUAGGUUUAUUGUAUAUAGGUACUUAUUAUAUUAUUUCAUAUUUAUAUAACCGUAUAUUUGACAUCUCAUAUUUACAUAUUAGGUACCUACAUAAAUAGAAAAAAAAACCAGCUAUAUGUGCGUGACAUACACGAAUGUACUUAGGGUUCCACAUAGUAUGUAGUGUACCAACUACUUUGUAAAAAGAUAUUGUUUCGUAAUUUUCUUUCUUUUUUCUCUGUUUUAAUUAAUAAGUAAUAUAUAUAUUUUUUAAAUUAUUUUCAUUGAAAUUAUUUAUAAAGUGCUACUUUUUUAAAAUUUUUAGAAUUUUUAAUCAGAUGGUUAGGAUACCUAACCAUGUUGAGGUAUAUUAUUAUCUACUUCAGAAGUUUCUACGCUAUAAAAUAUUUAUCUUUACAAUAGAUUUCACUUACAAACUAUUAUUGCAUUUUGAGAGACCUUUCCAAGUAUACCACAUGAUAAGGUGCACGAAAAAUAAAUUAGUAAUCCCUCAGAUGUAGGUAGGUAUACACAACUAUCUCUUAAUUGUAUUUUUAACUUUUUAACCAUACAAAUCUAAGAUGAUUUACAUAAAACACCUUUAGAAGAGGAAUAGCAGAGUUAUAUAAGUAUGUGAAAUAUGGAUGAUGAUGAACAAAAUUAUAGAUAACAAGGGUUCCGUUUUUGCCAUUUUGGCUACAGAUGUAUAGAACCCUAAAAAUAAUACUCAUUUUGUAGUAUAUGUUAAUGAUUUAUCGGGAUGGUUCCUAAUUAUAGAGUAAUACAAUUAAUGCUGAUCGAUACUGUUUUGUUUUCUCGCGUGUCGUGUUGAAUUUAAACUUAUAGAAGUACUGUGAAUAUAUAGAUUUUUUUCUAUGCAUACCAGUACACCCAUGUAAUAAAAUAAGCAUUGAAUUUGAGUAUUUACAUGCACACCUUCCUACUUAUCUAUAAUUGUAAUUUGUAAUGUUUUAAAUUUAUUCUUCUACGAUUAAACUAUAAUAGAUUAAUCUGUAUGUGUAUAUAUUUAAUUAACACAUACCACUAGAAACAUAAAACUUGCGUGUCAUUCCGACCUAUACUUUGAUGUACAGACUUAAACUAAACUAUUUAGAAAAUUUCCUUACAUAUGAUGUAUAUACCUAUAAAGAUAAAGAAUGAUUUACGAAUUUGGAUAUAAUGUCGUUGCCAGUAACAUCAUGUGUUUUUGACAUCGUAGGAAAUAAAAGUAUAAUGCUAAAAAAAAUUAUAUUUUUCAAAAACGGUUCAGACUAUUUGUUUAUAUAAUAAUAUUACAUAAUAUAUGUCUGAAUGUGACUACCUAUAGUAUACGGUUUAUUUAACCCUAAGGGCACAUGACAUUAUCUUUUCAGUGUGUAGAUGACAGUCGGUAUUGAAUUGAGCAAACAUUCGUUAAAUACGUUUCACAAAAGGUAUUUAAAAUAGAAAGUAACAGAUAUUUUUGUAGAGAUGUUAUACUAAACAAGUAUUAAAUUAAAUUACAAUAUUAUGAAAUGUAAUACAAUUUUGGUAUUAUUAGAUGCUUUUGAAAAAUACGUAAAAUGGAAGCUAAUAAAUGUGCAGUGUCAAGAUUCCUUUAUUUUAAAUUUGUACGGUUUAUAUUUUCUACCAGAAAUAUUGCUAUAAUAAAAAACCGACAAAAGAUGUUUUUUGUUGUAUUUUUAAUCUAGUUGGUGAGUAAGAAGGUUGUUUUUUUAGUUUUCUCUGUAUUUUUUUAAAUAAUUGAGCCAAACCGAAAAACACAUGAAACGGGAAAAUUCACGAAAAUAAUAAUUAUAUUUAAUUUUGUUUUUUUUUUCCUAGCAAUUCAGUUAAAAAUAUUUAUAGAGAUUUGAAAUUUGGACAGAAAUUUCAUAUUUGCAUUUUCUAGAAGUGGUCGAAUGUUUAAACUAUUUAUAGAAAUUGUUAUUUACAUUUGAUACACGGUUGAUUUACAUUGUCGUAAUAUUUUAUAUUUUAUACAUGUUAUAGUUAUUUGCAUAAAUAAAAAAUCCAUUGUUUACUGUUAUACAGAAAAAUUAUAAAUUCAAAACGAAGCGAGAGUUUUUUAUUAGUUUAUACGACGCACUUUUAAGUGCAGCGGCAAAAAACACUCACAAACCAUACCUAUCUAACUGAAUUCAAAUUGUGUGCUCUUAAAUGUCGAAAAAUUGGAAAAAAGUAUGUGCAUUUAAAUUUGAAAACGUUUUACAGUUUUGCUAGAAAUCAUUUUUUGAAUGUGAUAAUAUUAUCAUUGCAUUAAAAUUAAAAAUAAUACAAGACCAGUUAUGAUAUAUUAUAUACUGAUUAAACAAAGUGAUAUGAUUAUGUAUAUCAGUGGUGUAUUUAGGAAUUUGCCUUAGGGGUUUUUCAAACACAUUUAAGAGCGAGGCUUCGCUCCCAAACUCCCCGAAUUAAUACUGAAAUAGGAAUUCAAUUUGUUACAAUGUAUUUUUAAAAAAAACCCGUUUUGAUGUUAAUAAUUGUUUAUUUUGAACACAUUAAAACAAUAUUUACAAUAUAAAAGUUAAUUUCCUCGGACUAUUUUAUUUUAUUUUAUAUUACAUACGGAUCUAAGUUCAAUUACAAUUAUAUAAUAUUAUCUGGCAUUAGCCAGUUCAUUAAUUAUGUCAUUCAUAUCUAAUUGUAUGCCUCGAUGAAUGGAUUUCAUUGCUAAUCCAAUUACUCUCCUCUACAAAAUAAUUGAAAGAUUACUUCAUUUAUUAUUGAUCUUAUAUUUGUUGAAAACGAUGUUUUUGGUGUUAUCCAUAAGCGCCAGUUUUUUAAAACGUUAUAGGAGCUCACUUUGUUAGAUACUCAUGUACAGUUUUAUCCGACUCUCGCCAUAUAUUCCGUAUAGGCUUGUCAAUCUCAUGGGGGCCUCCCUUCUGUAAAGGUGUGUAUUAAGGUAUGUGACGCUGUGUGUGUAUAACUAUUAUUACUAUUUAUUAUUAUUAGUGUUAUUAACAUUAAUCUGUUGGUUAUGAAUUUAACUACAAUUAUAAGUAUUAUAGAACAAAUAAAAUAAAAACGAUGGACCUUCCUCCCAUAACAAAUUUCUAGGUGCACUCAUGGUUGACAUUGAUAAUGUUAAAAAUGAUUGAAUUUAAAAAAAAAUUUACAUUAUUGUUGUCUCUUGUCUAAAAUUUGUUAAAGCUUGCGAUAGUUUAAAUUGUUUUCAAUACCACUACUAAAUGAUCUCAAUGUAAUCAUUAAUUUGUCCAUGAAAAAUAAUGAAACAUUUUGUUUGUGAUUUUUGUUAACAUCAAAAAAUUGUAGAAACUUAACGAUUCGUCAUUAUUAGUGUUUUCAACACCGACAUUUUUUUUUCAAAAUCCUCAAUAAUAAAAAGGCUAUUUUUAAUUUUGUUUAAAUAUAAAAUAGAAGAAUCAUAGCACAUUGAUCAUAGUAUUUUAAAAAAAAUAUAUUGAACAAAACAAAAGUUAUUUCAGGUAUUAAAUCUUCGUGUUACAGCCUGCACAAUAUAUAUAUAUAUAUAUAUAUAUCUAAUCCAACAUCCAGUCAAUGUAUAACAUUAAUUUGUAGUAUAUUAUUAACUAGACAAAAUAUGAUUACCUAUAGCAGGUUUAAAUAUAAGAUCUACCUAAUAUGCUUCUUCAAACAUUCUUGUAUGAUAAAUAAAAAAAGUUUUAUUUUUCGAUUUAAAUAAUUUAUCUCCGGUUGUUUGUUACUAAAAUAUUGGUUGUUUUUAACAUUUUUUUUUUUUUAGCAGAAUAAGAUCUAACCUACUUUAUUAUUUUAAAUACAAUAUACUUGCCACCGCUCACCGUGCUACCAGUUUAAAACAUAUCGCGUUUCUGAAAUACUAUUUCCGAACCAUAAUAUUGUUAUUUACGUAUUUCUUCUUUCUUUAUUGAUAAUAUAGAAAUAUAGAUUAUAAUUUUGGUAACAAUUUUUAACCGUGUUAGUUAUUUAAUAUAAUUAUUAUAAUAUAUACAUGUAUAAUUUAUUUUAAGCGUAUAUUAGUAUAAAGUUUAAUUUUUGUUUUACUUUUGUAAUUAGUUUUGAUAUUUUUUAGGAACAUUACAAGUUGGAAUCGGUUCCUAUAUUUAAAAUCGUUUCUUUUGAUAAAUGAGAGUUCGCGUACAUUUUCCGAUUUAAUACAGAUCAUAAUAUUUUUAUCAUAAGUAAAUUUUAAUUUUUGAAUCGUCAGAUUACUCUUUAGUAUAUAUUAGAACUAUUCACCGUAGUAAUCAUCAUAUUUUCUACAACCAAAACCAAUGGAUCCCGACGAUUUUUCGUUGGAUUUCAGUUAGUUUAUUUUAAACAGGUAUAAUAAUUAUAAUAAUGUUUUAAAUAAUAAACUCUGCGCGUAUGAGGUGUAUGCAAAUAUAUCGAAGUGUGCAGAAUUAUUCCGCUGAAUGAUCCUUGCCAGCAGGUCACGUAGGUAUACAGCUUUUUUAUUAUUUUUUUUUUCCUAUAAUGAUAUUACAACAGAAACCGGUUAUAUAUAGUAGUUUUCCAAGUUCGGCCUCUUAUAACAGUACUUGUUCUGGUCAAACGGCACUAUAUUGCAUAUAGGCGUGGUGCCCAGUGUGUGUUCCCAACCAAAGAGCGCAUGCAGGAAACCGGCCGUGUCCAUUCAUUAAUUACACGUCUUUAUAAUAAUAUUACUAAAUCAAAAAUCGUUAUACUACAUAUUAUUAUACUAUACGUAUUACAGGAAUUUAUAGUUUUUUUUUUAAAUGUACAUAAUAUUAUAUAUGCAUAUAUAUAUAUAUAUGUAGGUUGAGUUUAAAUUAAAUGUCUUAUCUACCUUUAUUUUGUCUGCACGACCACAUUUUCACAAUCGCUAUAUAAUAUAUUAGGGGAAAACCAUUUAUCUAUUUAUUUGUAUUAUAAUUAUUAUUAAUCGAGUUGUAUCGAAUUACCUAUUAUAUUAAUUUCAGUCAAUCUCCCAUUGUUUGUAUUCGGUAAAUGAAAAACGCCAUUAGGUAUUUUAGGUAUUAACUAUUAGGUGCAAAUAAUAAUGGUUUGCCUAUAUACAAAUCAACGUACUCAUUAUUCUAGAACGGGUACUAUAUUAUUAUAUUAUACGACGAAUAUCUUGAAAAGAUCGUGAGAAAUAAUGUUAGAAUAUUUAAAUUUGAUAGAAAACUAUAUUAUAAUUGUAACUCGCUACACCGUCACCAACAAUAAUUAUAGGUAUUAGGUAGGUACCUAUAUAAAGAUACCUACCUAUUUACUAUGUGUAUAGAAACGACUACUGGCGCAUUAUAAUAUUAUUAGUAAUACGAAUUGGAUUUUUUUUUUGUCUGUUAUGUAUAUAACCUGUAGGUUUUUUCGUCGCCCCCUAUCCGGUCACCUGCGCAUGCAUAUAGAUGCACGAAUCGAUUUGUAUAAUAUAAUAUAAAACGCGACUACUUUACAGUGGGCGGUCAAGUACAACGACAUGGUACCACAUUUACCUAUAGUGUUACAAAUACUUGUUUACUAACGUUUCAUCAUCCAUCUUCGCUGUUUUGUUUUUUAACCAUAGUACUAUAAUAAUUUAUAAAAAAAAAACAUCAACAACUGAUAUAGCUCGAAAUAUGAUUAUUAUAUUAAUAUAAUAAAAUAAUACAAUGAAAAUGUUGCCAGGUCAUUGAUUUUAAUGUCGUCAAGUUUACCUAAUAAUAUGUACAAUGUAUCUACCCUAUUUUUAUAAACAUUGCAUUUUUUUUUUUAAACACUUAAUAGAUUCAUUUUCUUCUGCGCCGGUCAUAUACUCGUUAUAGUUUCCAUUUAAUGGGUUACCUAGUUACACCUAUUAUUAUAUUAUCAAAGUAAUAUCGCAGUGAUGGUCAUAUAUAGAGCGUGUACACACCAUCAGUAUAUAUCUUAUAUGGAUACACUAUACAUAUAAAUGAUACACAAAAACAACGUGUACUUAUGUAGGUAUUAUAGGUACACGUUUUAAUAUUUCUUGAUGAUUUUCCCGUGAAAACUUAAAUGGUCUUUUUAUUACGACCGAUUUAUACUAUAAUAUGUUGCCGAACGUGGUGUCUGUCAACAAUUACGCCGAAUGCCGAAAUAAUCCUUAUUUUAUACCUACUUAAUUUAGUCGCUGCACCGAUUUACAAAAAUAUACAUAUUUGGCAAACUUUCAAAUUGGCUGAUACACAACGUUUAGGUUUCUGCCAAUAUAAAUACAUCUUUAAUGUGUUGCAGUGUAUCGAGUUAUUGAUUUGUACACUUGUAUAUUAUUGUUAUUGGUAGGUAGUUACGUAUUUUUUUUGUUAAUUAUUGGUAAUAAUCGUACAAUUAUUAUUAUUGUUUUUUUUAAUUUUUAUAAUAAUUGUAAAAAUUAUUGAAAGUUAUUCUCAUAGUGGUUAAAGUGGGGAAAACUUCAAAGGGUGACUAUAUUUAGUGAAAAUUCAAGAGUGUUCCCAAGGACUAACUAAAUCGUUUAAAUCUAAUCAAACUCUCAGACAGGCCCAGAUUAAGAGGGAACCCAAGGCAGAAGCCAGAGGGAUAUCGUAAUAUUGUGGGCCCCUGGCCUUAACUGGUAGUACUGUAUAAACACUAAUAUAUUGAAUAUGUUUAUGGACCCCUAAAAUUGUUUGGUCCCAGGCCCAAAAUCCUUCUUAUCCGGGCUUGGUCUCAGAAAAACCAUCAUCGAGACAAUAGAUUUCCAAAAUAUUUUUCUCACACACAUUGACUCAUAUGUUCAUAAAAAUGUUAUACAAUUAGAGUUUAAAAAUAAACUGAACUUCUUCUCAAACUUUAUUAGAAUUAUCUUAGCGACAAAAACUAAAGCAUCCCCCUUCCCCGACUUCAAACACUUAAAUUAAAGGAGGACUAAUAAUAAUUUUACCUUAAAUAAGAAAGAGGAUGCGAGUUUUUGUGUUAUGAGAAAAUGUUGAUUUUAUUAUUUAUAUCAUAUUAUAUCAGUGGCACACUCACAGAGGGGGUUGGGGGGUUAACUCCCCCGGAAAUUUCUCCCUUCACUCAGUUUUUUUAAAUCAAGUUUUACAUUCAACUACAUAUUAUCUUAUACCACAGAAUAAAAUAAAAUUUAAUUUCACCAUAAAUCAUUUAUGUAUUAAUAAUAAUGAUAGUAUUAUACUAUUAUACUGAUAAUAUGUGCUAUCCCCUCUCUAGGAAAUUAUUAUAAACACCAUCCUCCCGCCCCCCCCCCCAAAAAAAAAAAAAAUCCUGCGUGCGCUACUGUAUUAUUUAGGUACUACGGAUGGAGUCAUGGGUCACUAAUUUGAAGUGCAUACACCUUAUAAGUGACUAUCUCAAUCUAAAACCGUACAAUGAACAAAGAACAUCUGGUUGAGACUCACGAUCCGCGCAUGCACGAAUAAACUCAUCAUAAUGUAUUAUCUAUUUAUCAAAAUAAUACAUGUAGAUCGAACGUCUCACACAUAUCUUAUGACUCAUAUUUUCAUAUCGUAUAUUUGGUUCAAAUUGUUUACAUUUACAUGGCUCCAUUCUCCAUUAAUUUUACAUGACCUAAGAUUUAUAAACAAAAUCUUAUGAGUCAUCAUAUAUACUUAUAGAGAUGGUGAUCAGGAAUAUUACGUUAUGUAAGACAACAUAAACUCGGAAAGUAUUAAAUUUUUUGAAAUUUGUUUUUUAAAAUAUUUAUGAGGCAAUAAAAAUGUUAUAUUGUAGUUAUAUUUUGUCGCCCUUAUUUUUGGUGUAUCACUAUACGUACUGCUACUUUUAAAUAAAUAUCGCAACCUAUAUUAAAAAUUACAUAAAUAGAAAACAUUUUAGUUUCUUACAUUUUGAUAUUGAAAUUUUUAACUUCCGUUAACUCGUUAACGAAAUAUUGUACUUUUCAGUUUUCAGUCUUGUUAUAAGGGAAGAGUAUAGUUGGGCAUUAUUCAAAUGUGCCACAUAUUCAACUCAAACUUAAAAGUAAAAUAUUUUGUCAACGAGUUGAUGUUGACGGAUAUUAAAAAUGUUAACACUAAAAUGGAUUUAAACUUCAUUCAUUAAAAAAAAGGUAAUACUUAUCGAGAUUAUGAGCCUUAGUUGAUCCCUAGACUGUAAAAUUUAUUGAAAAUUGAAUUUAUUCAAUGCGAGUACCUACACGUUUCUAUAAUUUAAAAAAAUAAUUCUAAAUUGUAUAAUCUUUACUAUUUUUCCAAUACCAUUAAUAAUUUAUGUUAUAGGUAUAUAAAUAAACAUGUAUAUUUAUUUUUUCUCUAUGAAGAAAUUAAUAUUAAUUGUGUCUAAAACAUAUAACUGAUAAUUUAAAAUAAAAGAGGUUGAGCAUUAGUUUAUUUAUUUAUUUACAAUUCUUACGGACAAUGUUCAAUGUAUAAUAUAUUAAUAUUAAUAACAAUAAUAAUAUAGGUUGUAAACAAAAAAAAACAAAAACAAAACAAAUUAUUUUAAUAUUUCACAUAAAUAGAUUAUUAAUUCAUUAUUGCCAGGAGCCAUUAAAAUAUUUGUUGGGUGAUUCAAUGUGAAAUUUUGAGAAAAAAUUGGAACAUACAAUAAUUGAUUAUUUUAUAUGUUGUAUUUGUUGUUUACUUAAAAAUUUACCUGGUUAGUAUAAAUUAGUUGGCUUAUUAAAGUUUAUAUUAUUAAAUUUGUAGCUAAAUAAAAUAUAAAAAUAAAAUAUUCUGUUAAACCUUAAAAGUAGGUACCAUUAUAGUUGCAUCAAUAAAUAUAUCUUUUAAUUGCACUUUUAUUAUAUUUUAACGUUUUUAAUAUCGGUUAGGUUCGAAUAAAUUUGUACAAUUUGUUUAUCGUUUAAAAUAUUAAAACUAAUAUAAAUAUAUCUAGUACAGAACAAAAUCAUAAAUCAUGCUUAGGUUUAAAAUUAAUUUUAGAAAGUAAUAACUAAUAAGUAAAAGAAAUUUAUUAGUAGUUAUCUAGAAUUAAAUUAAUUACUCAACCAAUGCAUUCCAUUUAAAUAAAAACGUUCUGAAAUUAAAAACAUUUUCCAACAAGAUUUCUCUUGGUAAAAAUAUUUUAUUUGAAAAAUAAUAAAAUAACAGGUUUUUUAAUAACUGAGUAUUUUCUUGAAUGUUGUAAAGAUUUUAUGAUUAUUACUUAAUUUUGAUUUUAAUCUUACCUACUUUGUUUAUUAGUAUUUUGGUAAUAAGAGUUUUUCUAACGCUUUUUUAAUAUUUCUUAAACAUUUUUUAGUUACCUAAACCAUGAGACUAUUCAAAAGACGCUGCUCUGAUCCAAGUCCUCAGCUCGUUAGUUUAUCUCCAAUCGAACAGGACCAUAGAGAUGUAUCUCCUGGAUAUACAACUCCAAAAGGAUGUACUACACCUGAAAAUGGUUCACCAAAACCUCAUAAAAAAAGUAAUACACUUAUGUUUAUUAUAUUUUAUUAAUAAUAAUUAUUUACAAAAUGAAUACAAUAUUUUUGUAGGUUUAGCAACAUGGGGUAAAAAAGUGGGAAGAAAAUGGGAUCAAUUAAAAAGAAGCGACUCUUCAGAAAUACUUCAAGUUUCUCCAAAUCGUAGAAGACAAUGGUCACCUAUGUCUAAAGCAAAUAUAAAUAAUCAAGAUAUUCAAUUUCAUCAAAAUUACAUUGAUAAAUUACAUAAUAACCAAAAUAGACGUUUAUCAAGAAUAGAGAGUAUUAAACGGAUAGAAGAACCAUACACGGUAGAAGAAAAAAAUCAAGAUUGGUUAAAGGAGAAAUGUCAAAAAGGUCUUGAGGAUUUAUAUGCCAUGGAAAAACCUUCAACAAUUAAAAUAGUUUCUCGUCAAAUACCAAUACAAAGAACAAGAAUAUCUGUGGACAUUGAUGAAAGUCCACUCGAAGAGCAGUGUAUUUUGGAAUAUCUUAUUUCUAAUAAAAAAAAAUUAGGUUUAGAGCAAAGUGUUGAUAACCUUCAAAAUCUUAGUUAUGAGGACCUUAUUAAAGUGUUCAAUAAUGUUACAAAUCAAGUAAAUGAAAAUAUUAAUCUUAAAAAUCGUAGAAGAAGGCAUACAAGUUUCGGGGAAACAAUAAUGAUAAAUAAAAUUGACAACAAAAAUCGUGUGGUUAUUAAAGCCGAUGAAAGUGGUUAUGAGAGUGAUUCAACGAGAAAUGGUGGAGAUUCGCCGAGAGGAUCCAUUAAAUCACAAUCUUCAAUUGACAAUGAUGAAUUUUCACGACGAAAAAACGUUCGUAUAGGACUAAAAAGAGGUGAAGUAAAGGAACUUCAAGUUGGAUCUAAUCUAGAAACUUUGUCAUUAAUGUGUGAUGAAUGUAAAAAGCCUGAACAAAAUAUAAGUCUAUAUCAAAAGUUUUUAUUAAAAAAAAGUAGCUGUAUGGGCCUAAAUGAAAGACACACCGAGAUAAAAACCAUACGAUUUAAUAAACGUUUAGGAGAAGAUGUUGGAGUUAGAGUGGAUUAUCGAGAUGCAACUUUGAGAUCUCGGUCAUUAUUUAUUACAGCAUUAUCAGGUCCAGCAGCUAGGUAAGGUGUGAUUCAUAAGCUGUCAUUGUUCAUUACAUAAAAUGUGUUUAUUGAUUUUUUUCAGAGAUGGUAGAUUAUGUAUUCAAGAUGAAAUCACUAAAAUCAAUGGUACUAGAGUAAAGGGCUUAAGACGACAAGAAGUAGAAUCCAUAUUGCGCUCAUCCAAAUGCAAUAUAGAAUUUGUUGUCUCUAGAGCUAAAUGUCAAUUAAACUCCAAUCCAAAACCAGUUGUAUUAAUUGAUAAACCACCAACAGUUCCUAAAUACCCAUUAAAAUCAGAAGAAAUUCAUGAGCCCCUGUAUUCCAGACAGUCAUCUUUACCAGAAAUUAAACUAGAGGAGAAACCGAAAAUGACUGGAAUGAGGAAGUUUUCUGUGCAUUUAGAUCAAACCCGUCACAAAAAUAUUCAAUUACCUCGAUUACCAAGACCUCGAUCAUUAUCAAUAUCUUUAACAACAAUAAUUUUUCACAAAGGACCUGGUUUCAAGUCUUUAGGUUUCAGUAUUGUUGGUGGAAUUGAUUCUCCUAAAGGAAGCAUGGGGAUAUUUGUUAAAACAAUUUUUCCUUCUGGUCAAGCAGCUGAAUCACAGUUAUUAAAAGAAGGUACCUUCUACCUGUGUACCUAUGUUAUAAUUAUAUACAUUUGUUCAACUUGUUUAUUAAACUAACAUUUUAACAGGAGAUGAAAUAAUCAGUGUAAAUGGAAAAAGCUUGGAUGGUUUUAAACAUUCUCAAGCCAUAGCAUUAUUUAAAGAAGUUAAGUAUGGUCAAAUAAUUAUUCAAAUUGGAAGAAGAGAUCUCAUUAAAAGGUAAUUUGUAAUAAAAGCAACAAUUAACCUCCUAUAUUUAAAUAAUUAACUAUACCUAAUAAAAUAAAUUAUGUGAUUUUUGUAUUUAUUUUCAGGAGCAAUAAAUCUAAAUCAUGUGAUGAAUUAGACAAAGUUGUUAAAGAUCACUGAAAAAAUUAAUUAUAUAUUAUGAUUUAGUAAAAUACAUUCUGUGAUAUAAAUAAAUUAUAAUAAAUAAAAAUAAACUGUUAUAAUAAGUAAUAUAAACCAAUCAUAAACAUAAAUUUAUUAUUAAAUUUAUAAUUAUACAAUAAGUAAAAAUUGUGUUCAUUUUUAUUUAAAAAAAAAAAAAACCAUAAUUACCUUCAAAAACAAGG